UCAACAAAAUCGAUCCCCCAAGCCACUACUCUGCUGCUCAAGCAACCUUAACCUCCGGCUCACUCUUCCAAGCAACCAAUGCAGUUAUCCUAAGAGCUCCCAGCUGCUGCUGCUUCUUCCAUGUCCUCGCCGUCUAUCCUUGCGCGCUCCCUCACCAUCGCUGUUGCUGGUGCGUUCUGCCUACGCGCGUCUAGCGAUGUCGUCGUGCGUGGGCGAGACCGGCCUGGUGGCCAUGGACUGCUUGGUGGUGUGCUGCUGCUGCCCGUGCCUGGUGCUGCAGGUCACCGUCUUCCUCUUCGUCAGGCUGCCCAGGAAGGUGGUCGUGAAGACCAAGAGGAUCAUCCUGAGGCGAUGGCACAGGAGAAGGCCGUCGUCGUCAAAGGCAGCCGGGUCGUUGAAGCUGGCCGACCUGCUGGACGUGGACGACAGCUUCGAAGCGGCGUUUGGGAUAGGAGAGGAGGAGGUCGCCGCCGCCGCCGACGACAGCGCCAGCGAUUGGAAAGAGAGGUGCUUCGCUGUCGGCGGCGAUGACGACUUCGACGGCGUGUGGGAGGCGAUCAUUGAGCAAGAAGGGCUCUUCUGGUUCGGGAGCUUUUGGGGCCGGCGGGAGCAGGAGGGGUCGGCUUCUGAAGGUGAUGAUCGGAUGGAUGGAAGCUUCAGGUUGCCUGUGGCGUUAGAGCGGGUAUGUGAAUAGGCUAGUUUUUUCGAUUCACGCAACGGUGUGAAAUGUAAAUAUGAAGGAUUUAGCCAAGGAAUCCAUUCAGAGAUCCGCUGGUCGGCAUACACUGUACUCGAUCAGUCAGUCAAAUGCAUGUACAUACCAGCAUGCCAGAAAUAAUGGUAUGUUCACGGCAGAAUGAACAAUUCUACAUCA